AUGAAGCUACUCUGCAGUGCUAAAACUGUUGCCCUACUGCUAUGGAUGUCAUUGAUAACAAAUUGCCACGCGGAACAAGAGCCUCCCCUCUCAGUACUGACAGCUAGAAAUGAUGAUCCGAAAAAUCCACUGAUCGUGCUUUCGAGCCCCAUAACAAAGCCAGAGAUAUCGGAGGAAGUUAAAUACGAAACAACGGAGACAGACAUAACUAUCGACGCUGAUGGGGAAGUUACAGUCGUUCCAGUGAAAUCUGCGCAGCCAACACGAGCGCCACAGAAGAAGCCUGGGCUCAACGUUUGGGACGGACCUCAAGGAUAUCUGCAGGCUCAACUUUUGUCAAUGCCUGAAAUGUGGAACAGCUCUCCUCAAUUAGCACUUGGCUCGAACGCGGCUGCAACUAAAGCCCCAAUGCCACCCACUUUGCAACCGUGGUACUAUCCGAUGCCGAUAUAUAUCCCAUAUCCAAUUCCAUUUAUGAUGAACGACGCCCAAAGUUUGUACAAAGGCAACUCUGAAGACCAACUCGCAUCAAAAUUGAAUAAGCUAUUGGCUGAGAAUUUGCUUAAGGAUUCAGGAUUGAAUCUGAAAAACAUCUGGAAGGACAAAAAUCAGAAUAAGAACCGUCCUGGAACAAACAAAUGGCGAGGCAAGUGGAGAAAACCCACAACAACUACUACUACAGAAACGCCACCACCAAUAAUUUCCACAGAGCCCACUAAAUUAACGAUUUGA